CCCCAGUGUGGCCCCCCUGGUGCUGCUUGGCCCCAACGACUUCAUGCUGCCCAGCCCCGAGGCCUGCCAGCCCCGCGCCCCCUUCCUGCUGGUGCUGGUGGCCAGCGCGCCUGCCCACGCGGGGCACCGCGAGGCCAUACGCAGGAGCUGGGGGGGCGCCCGCCGGGCCUCUGGCUACCCCGUGCGCACACUCUUCGUCCUGGGGCUGCCGGACUCCAGGGCGGAGCAGGCGGCGCUGGAGCGGGAGGCGCAGCAGCACGGAGACCUGAUGCAGGGCCGGUUCCACGACACCUACGCCAACCUGACCAUCAAGACCUGCAUGCUGCUGCGUUGGGCAGCCGCCCUGUGCCCCGGCGCUGCCUUCGUGGCCAAGGUGGACGACGACGUCUUCCUGAACCUGCCGGCGCUGGCCCACCACCUGGGCAGCCUUGCCAACCCCCACGGGCUCUACUUGGGCCGGGUGCACUGGUGGGUGCACCCCAACCGCGACCCCCACAGCCGCCACCAUGUGCCGGUUGCGGUCUUCGCGGGUGCUGCCUUUCCUCCGUACUGCAGUGGGACGGCCUACGUGCUCUCAGGCGACGCCGUGCGGCGGGUACUGGUAGCCGCGCCCCAUCUGGUGGCUGUGGGGCCUGAGGAUGUCUUCGUGGGGCGCUGCGCUCACCGCACAGGCCUGGCCCCCACCCACACCGCCCGCAUGGGCGGUGCCACCCGCCUGUCACUGGAUGCCUGCUGCUAUGGCCAAGUGCUCUUCAGCAUCCAUGGCGUACAGCCUGCCCAGAUGGGUCAUGCCUGGGGGCUGCUGGGGGGACGUGGCUGGGGGGAGGGGCCGGAGGAGCCCACUGGGCUCUGCAGCCCGUUACAGUGGGGUCUGGGGCUGCUGCGCUGCAAGGUGCUGGCUCUGUUUGAGAAGCUGUGAUAAAAAGGUGGGGAGGGGGACCUGGGUUUUCUAGAGAGGGUGCUGGGAACCUAUGGAAGCUGGGCUCUCCCCUAGCUCUGUCAAGGAGCGGGGGCUGGGGGUAGGGGGGUGCCCAGACACUUGAGUUCUCCCCCAGUCCUGGGAGGAGACGGCCUGGGGGUGGGGGGCUGGGGUAGCAGAGGAGCCUGCACCCCUCUGUUCUCUCCCAGGGCUGGGAGGAGAGGGGCCCAGAUGUCGGGGCGGGGGUACAGGUGAGUUAGGGCAGGAAGCUGGAUGCCUGGUUUCUUUCCCCACUCUGGGAAGACAUCGGUGCAGGGGUGCGGCGCAGGGUGGAUGUAAGGGGGUUAGCUGGGAUACGGGAAAUGCACAACUCGCAGGGCGGGGUGGGCACCCGGAGUCCUGGGUUCUGCAUAUGAUGUUACCUCUACCUCAGUCACUACCUCUUGCUGGUCCCUAGU